CGCGAGGUGCCCGUGCCGGUGCGCGUGCCGGUGGAGCGGCCCGUGCCCGUGCCCGUCACGGUGGAGAAGGAGGUGCCGUACCCGGUGGCCGUGCCCAUCCCGCACCCGGUGCCGGUGCCCGUGCCGCGUGCCGCGCCCGUGCCCGCACUACGCGUGGAGGUGCGCUGCCGGUGCGCAAGCGCCGUGCCCGUGGCCGUGCACUUGCGCGUGCCGUACGCGGUGCCCGUCGACAGACCUUACCCGGUCCACGUCAAAGUUCCCGUGGAUCGCCCGUACCCGGUGUAUGUGCACAAGCCGUUCCCCGUGCACAUUCACAAGCAAGUGCCUUACGCUGUGGAAAAGCCCAUGCCGUUUGAGGUGAAGAUACCUGUGGAUCGACCGUACCCCGUGCACUUUCCGCAACCUUACCCCGUCACUGAAUACCGACCGUUGCAUUACACGGUAGAACGACCUUAUCCCGUACACGUGGAUCGACCUUACCCUGUGCAUGUUGGUGUACCUGUUGACAGGCCGUACACUGUAGAGGAACACAUCUCCAUUGAGCCACACAUGCCGUUCGACCACUACGCUCCGCAUCACCGCCACAGGUACCAGAAGCAUCAGCAGCAACUGCAUCAGCAGCAACUGCAUCAGCAGCAUCUGCAUCAGGAGCAUCUGCAUCAGCAGCAACUGCAUCAGCAACAACUGUAUCAGGAGCAACUGCAUCAGGAGCAUCUGCACCAGGAACAACUGCAUCAGGAGCAACUGCACCAGGAGCAUCUGCACCAGCAGCAGCUGAGCGCGGGGGAGCAGGGCGCCGAGUCGCAGGAGGCGGGCCAGCUGACGGAACGGCACGCACAUGCGCAAGGGGACGUGGACGUCGACGCGACGGCGUCGGACGUGGACGAGGGCACAACGACGACGACGGCGGCCACGGACCUGGAGGCCACCACCGAGCCGGUGCCCUCGUCCUCAUCCCCAUCAAACUCCUCCUCCACUUCGCCCGCGCCGUGAAGUUGCCAGAGCAGUCAAGCGGCGCGGGCUGCUGCCCGAGAUCCCGCCGCGAUCUCCUAGGACCCCAUCGAAGCGACGUCACCUCCCGCCAUCGUUCCAUCACCAAGUCCUCCCUACCUAUUUAUUGCGGGUUCGCCCGCCCAGCACCCACUGUUCAAUGAAAGCAGGUUCAGUUACUUACUCGACACGUCGUCGCAUUCGAAAGAGAAAAUAAGUAUGAAAAGAAAGCUCGUUCUAAAACCUUGUAAGUUCAGUUCAUUAAAAUACUUUCUAGCUGAAGGACUCUGCGAACUCCUCUAAUAUGCUUGGAGCGAGAAAAAGUCACAAGUACUUUGAUUUGUAGAUUUCUUUUAAGUUUCUCAAAGAGUUCUGAGUAACUUAAGCUGAGAUCGGCGAGUUCCAGUUCUGUAACAUUUUCAGAACGGACUUACAAGGCUUUAGAAACAAGACAAUUCCAGAGCGUUGAGUAAGUUGUAGACGGAAAGACUGUGUACUCGUAUUGUUAUUUUUUUUCAUUAUUUUAUAUUUUGUUAUUUUUACACUAAUGUUAUUGUCGUGUUGUUUGUAAAAAUACUAGCUUGAUGUAGAUAUGAAUCGCAUGCGCGUUCUGUUGUCGGCACGCGUGCAUUCCAGUAAUAAAGAUCUUUUAUACGAA